UCGGGGGAAGCAGGGGCAUAGUCAUGGCUGCCGACGGCCCCGGCCCGAUCCGGCGCGCCCUCGACAAGACCUUUGCCAGCGCCCGCUCCACCCGCCGCGCGCUCGCCCGGUUCGCCCCGCGCCCCUCCGCCUUCUCGCCGGCCCCCGACGCCGAGGCCGCCGCGGUCCGCGCCGUCCGCAACCUCCGCACCUUCCGCUUCCACUACGCCGUCAUCCAAUGGGUGAUCCUCCUGGCCUCCCUCGCGCCCCGCCACCGCGCAUCGGUCCUCUUCCUCAUGGCCGCCUCCAAGGGGCUGCUACUCUACGGCGGCCUGCUCAAGGCCUUCCCCAACUCGGCGCUCCUCCGCCGCCUCCUCGACCGCCGCCUCGUGGGGGCGCUCUUCGUCGCGCUCGUACUCGCAGACCUCGUCGCCGCAGGGGCUGUGGAUAAGCUGCUGUUCGCGCUCGCGGCUGGUGUGCCCGUGGUGCUGCUCCACGCCGCAUUCCGCGUCCGGGACGAUCUCGAGCCCGCGUCCGAUGGAGGGGACGACGACAAGGGGAAGGAGGACGGCGUGGUGGUGGAGAAGAAGGAGGACGGCGACGUCGAGACAGGGCCGAUGCGACGAUCCAUGGCCACGGCAACAACAGCAAAGUCAUAAUAGGCCAACAAGAUCCCCUUCCAUAGCCUGAUACACAUAUAUACAAUUGGUAGACAGAGACAGACUGGUAUUCCUUCACCAUUUUCAUUCUUUUCUGGAGAUUAGCAUGCAGCAGGAUGAAUCAAAUCAAAAUCCAUUGAUUUCUUCUCUUCAUAUUUUCUUGCUAGGAUUAGCUGUGAUUUUCGCUUCUUUGUGUAUACAUACAUUUGCUAUUACACUCAAAAAAAAAAAAACUCCAUUGACAAAACUACUAGCUAGCUAGCUAACCAGAGAAUUCUUACUUUCCAUUCCAGCAUGUGUAAUCGUGAUUGUUAUGACAGCCAGAGCUAUACCAUUGCAUUUGUCUGUUGCAAGACAGAUCUGAACUA